AUGUCAGACAAAAAGUCAAGCAGCAAUCCCUUUGAGGAUCUGGAUCGGCAUCACGCCGAGCAGGAGAUGGAAAAUCGCGGUCUUCCACCUUAUUCAAGGGUUGCGCCCAACUCUGCGUCUGAAGAUCCAGCAGUCAACGACUCUAAAGACUCUAAGAAGCCGCAACCAGAAAUCUAUGAUGCCCCGGAAGUAGUGCCACAGGUCGAUCGGGAAACGCUGCCUGAGGUCGUACCCGUCGAAGAGAAUCUUCCCGAGGUUCGUGUCGCGGAAAACACUCAUUAUUACAACCAAAAUCAAGCUUUCGCUCCUCCUGCGAACGGGUCAGGGUAUCCUCCAGCAGACGGGAAAGGAUAUCCUCCAGUGAACGGGCCUGGAUACGCCCCAUCAGACGGGAAAGGAUAUUCUCCAGUAGGCGGGUCAGGGUAUCCCCCAGCGAAUGGGCCCGGCUAUCCUCCUGCUUUCGGGCCAGGAUAUGCCCCAGCAGACGGCCAAGGAUAUCCCCCAGCGAACGGGCCCGGCUAUCCUCCUGCCUUUGGUCCAGGGUAUCCCCCAGCCGACGGGCAAGGAUAUCCUCAAGCAGGCGGGCCCGGCUAUCCUCCUGCAUACGGACCAGGAUACCCUCCAACGAACGCGCCAGGAUAUUCGCCAACGCCAAUGCCAAAUCCUCAAGACAGAACUAUUGCCAUCCCAGCUGUCGACUCCUCACCGGGGUCCCCUUUACUUCGAGCCUACGUGCCGAUGUUAAACAAAUACAACCUCCCCCAGGAAUCAUUCUUCAGAUUCCUCGACUCGCUCAACGACGUGAUCACAACCAACCCACCAAUGCAAGUCCUCGAUGUCACCGGCGGCAUCCUCAAGUCCGUUCCAAUUCUAUUUCCACUGCACUGGAUCGGAUCCGCAUUCAGCGGCCUUGCAAAUAUAAGUGAACAAAGCAAGUCAAAGAGCCGAUCAGACUCGGCCCUCAAACAAGCGAAUAAGGAAAUUUUCGGUCCCCGCGGUCUAAAAGCCGAGCUCGCGAACCUCGAUGCACUCGCUUACAUUGCGAAAAUUCCUAUUCUUGACCCGCAGGGCAAGAUUAAUAAGAAUUCGACUGUUGUUCGGCAGUUGGCUGAUAUGUCUCGCGCGUAUCGGGAGCGGAGGAAUGGUAGCGACUCUAAGGAACAGGAUCAGAAACAGGCGCAUGAAUUAGACUUGCAGCAACAAAGGCUUCAUGUGCUUCAGCCUUGGAUCCAGGAUCUUCAACUCGAUAUCAAGCCGACGGCUAAGUCGAGGUUGACUCGGUUUAACUCCGCGUUGAAGAAGUAUAAUGAUCCUAGAAGGCAGGAUUCGAAUUAUAGGUCGGAGAAUGGUGAUGAACAGGAUCGGUUCAGGAAAUGCCUUUGGUUGGUGAUUCGGGAGGUGGAUGGUAAUGGGGGACAGUCGCAAGCUGGACCAUCGAAGUGA